AUGGCCGACUCAGACACCUCGGAGGGAGUCGAGCGAAUGCAGCUUGGACCUUCAGGAGCCGCGAUGUUACAACCCAGAUCGCAACAUGUAUCGAACGCGAUGUCCAGGGCAGAUGCUCCUGUGGCGGCCAGCAGGUUGAACGAAAACCCAGACAGAUUGCAGACGUUCUUCAACUCGACGACGGAACGCUUCUUGAAGGAGCAACAGUGCCCCUGGUGA